GGCGGGGUGCGCGUACGUCCGGGGCUGUGAACAGGCGGUGAGCAGCGACAGUGAUGGUGGCGGCGACUAUGGCGACGGUUAGCAGUGGUGGUGGUAGUGGUAAUGGUGGUGUCGUUGUCGUGACCGGCGCCCGCCAUCACUCGUCGUCGUUGUCUGUCGUCCGUCGUCCGUCGUCGUUGUCGUGGCAAGGCGGAGCGCGCAGUGGCUGUGAAUGUGGAGGAUGUGGAUGCGCGCGCGCGUGCGUGUAUGUGUGUGAUUUGAGGCUGCUGGCAGGCUGGCCUCCACCUCCUCUAUGCCACCUACCUUCCUACACUGCUACCACCAGCGCGCGGUCCUCUCGAGAGAGACAGAGACGGCGACGCCAAACACCCGCUGCUGAGGCUGGAUGGUACGGUACAAUAGUAUGUACCAUGGGCUACGUACCGUACCUAGGUACCUACCCGUCCGUCCUCCGUCCUCCGCCCGCGGCCCCAGGCCCCUUCCCCGCCGCCACGCCGGCCAUCCCGCUCUUAUCCCCGCAGUGAGCACCGCAGCGCAGCACCAAGCCCUCGCCCGCGCCGGACAGAACAGACACAGGGACAGGCAGACACAGACAGACAAAGACAGGGCGCAGAUGACGAGUUCGCACACGCGCAUGCCUACAUACAUACAUACGUACAUACAUACAUACAUA